ACGCCGUGAAAACUCCACCAGAAGAAGUUGGUGACGUCUGCAGCCGUAAACAAGGUCCGGGCGUCUGAAUGAGCAGAUUAUGAUUUAGCCCGGAAGCUAAGAAACUUGGUUUUCUUUUUAGUUCCCUUUAGUUUGGUUUAGCUUGGCGCCUCGGACGCUGUAUCACAUGGGGACCGAGAGCUUACCAUGAAACUCCGGGUGCAGAAUGACAGGAGUGAUUCCAGACGAGCACUGAUACUGAGGGAGUCUCCUACUGUAAUGCAGCCCAAUUCAAGCGAGCGGGACGCUCAUGCAGGAAACGGUUUGCCCCUGACGCUGCAACAAGGUCCUCUCACAAGGACGCUGGGCUCUGGUUCAGCUGUUGCUAACCCUGAGAGCCACGAGGUGCGGGUGCCCAUGACAAGCGAGCCUGUGGAGUCUGGUGGCGGCUCAUCAUCAUCCAGGAGGUCCAGAGUCAGUUUCCACAGCCACCCCCAUUCACACUCACACGGACAUAAUCGGGCGCAGCAUCAUUCCAAUUCGGAGCCAGAGCUUGACCCGCCUGACUCUGAUGUGGACUCGGGAGAACCCAGCUCCUCCCUGUCUGAGCUUCGCUGUCUCUUCCGCUGGCUCCAAAAGAGUCUUCCUUUCCUCAUUAUACUGUGUGCUAAACUGGUCAUCCAACAUACUCUUGGUCUAGCGGUUGGGGUUGGCCUCUUCACAACUUUUUUAUAUGUGAAUAAAAGUAUUCAAACGCAAGUUUUUCUUCAGGAUCAUCACUCAAAGCUACAGUGCAUAUGGCUGCUGCUCUUCCUGAUCUUUUCAACGCUUCUGCUUUACUACUCCUUUCUCACUGAGACACUUUACCAGUGCCUCAUCUUCCUCAGCCCAACCAUUGAGCCGCUGGGUUUCUGGGAGGUUCUAUGGGCAAUCGGCAUCACCAAUUUCAUCAUUAAGUUCCUCUUCAUGGGGAUAAAGUGCCUUAUUCUGCUGCUGCCAUCUUCACUAGUGACAUACAGAACCCAGGGGAGGUGGAUGAUGCUGACUGAGGAGCUGGGUCAGGUGCACCAGGCCAUGGCUCCAGUUUCACUGUGGUUCCGCUACCUGGUCACCUACCAGGAGGCUGACGGGGCCCUUGGACUCACACUAGGGGUCCUGCUGGCUUUGGUCUACCUCAUACUGAAGCUUUUAGGAUUGUAUGGACAGUGGACGUCUUUAUUUAAAACUGUGAGGAUAUGUCUGAAUGGCGAGCACACGGGCACAGCAGCCACUAGGAGUCAGUGCAGCGAGGCGGGAGAUGUCUGCCCCAUCUGUCAGGGAGACUACAGGGAGCCUCGGGCUCUACUCUGUCAGCACAUUUUCUGUGACGAAUGCAUCGCUCUGUGGUUUAACCGGGAGAAGAGCUGCCCUCUCUGCCGCACUGUGAUCACAGAGAAAGUCUACAAGUGGAGGGACGGAGCCACAUCUCCACACCUGCAGAUUUACUGAUGGAGGAGGGGGCGGGACAUUGCUAUUAGUUUGUACUUAAUGUGAUUUUUUUUCUUCGCCUGUCAAACCCCACUGACAAGUAAUGUUGUACACACUGUUUGAUUCAUCAGCUGAGGGCUGCCGGGGUCAGUGCAGGCACAUAGCUUUCACCUGCAGGAGACAUGUUCCUGCCUUAUUUACCAGCACAUCCCUCCUCCUCUCUGACAAACUGAAGGUUGAUCAUUUGAUUUUUCAGUUAAGUUUUUUCCCCUUGUGUUGCUUUUAUAUACCUUUUAAUCUUAAUAUAAACUUUCUUUGUGGGGCAGCAAAUUGUUGUCUACUUGUAAAUAUGGAAAGAUUGAAAAAUAUAUUUAAAAUUAAGUAUUUUAAAAAGGUUUCCUCCAUCAUACGUUUGAGCAAACAGGCAAAACAUUAACCUUGUCUUAUCCAGUGUUUUCUAAAUUUGUGGACUUUUGUGAUUUGUAAUAAUAAAUGUGCAGAACAAAGCGGCUGCACAUCUCUGCUCAGGAGCGCUCGCUGCUUUAACGGGUUCAAAUGUGAGACUGAAGGGCUGACGACAACCUCACUGCAGAGCACACAGUAAAGUCACAUGGUCCAAAGACCAGGAUAAAGAAACUGUCAACAUGAUGAACAGUUUGCCUUUUGCUUUCAGCUUUUGGUGACAAGUUUUUUUCUCAACUGGUAAAAAGGAUUUACACAAAAACUAUUUUUCUAUAGAGGUGACUCAGCCUCGUUUUGUAAAAACCAAAGACUGGGAGAAUCUAUUUUAUUAUGUAUAAAAAUCAUUUCACUGUUAUUUUGAUCCAUUUUGAUCCAUAAAGUAUCUGAAUAAAGAUUUACAUUUGAA